UUCCCAGCCGCCGAGCUGCAGCUGGGGCCAGUUGGGUAAAGACUCCUGCUCUGUGGAAGCUGGCCAUUCUGCGGGUUUGAGCCUCACACCAGCACUUAUUCCAUCUGGGUCUGUGUAGCAGCCAUCCACUAUCAUCAGUUUUAUAUGGAAGCGACGCCUAAAACUCCACAGGCCCAGUGCUGAGGAUGUGUGGUUGCUGAACAGCCUAACUACACGUGUUCCCUUGUUUUGAGGAGGCUUUCUUCUUCCUUGCCCUGAGGUGCCCCUACCAUGUCAACAGAAGUACAGUUUGCGCCUGUAGCCCCUGCAGGACCCACUGCUGAGCCCACACUGCCUGCUGUUGCCAGUGAGACCAGCACAGUGGUAGCUGAAAACCCUACAGCCACAACUGCAGCUUCAACACCAACCACAAGCAAAUUUUUCUCAAGAGAGAAGAAGAGAGCUCCAGAGAAGACAGAUGAGUACCUGCUGGCCAGGUUUCAAGGUGAUGGUGUUAGAUAUAAGGCCAAACUGAUUGGCAUUGAUGAUGUGCCUGAAGCCAGAGGGGACAAAAUGAGUCAGGACUCCAUGAUGAAACUGAAGGGCAUGGCUGUAGCUGCUCGUUCCCAAGGCAAACACAAGCAAAGAAUCUUGGUGAACAUCUCUCUAGAGGGAAUUAAGAUAAUUGAUGAAAAGACUGGUGUGAUUGAACAUGAGCAUGCAGUGAAUAAGAUCUCCUUCAUUGCACGUGACAUCACAGAUAAUCGGGCGUUUGGAUAUGUGUGUGGGGCAGAGGGCCAACAUCAGUUCUUUGCCAUCAAGACAAUUCAGCAGGCACAACCACUGGUCAUGGAUCUGAAAGAUCUAUUCCAGGUGAUCUUCAACACAAGGAAGAAAGAAGCUGAAGCUACACAGAAGGAUGAGACCAGUACUGUUGUUGAGAAUGGAAGUGAUGCUUUGCUCAGUCUGGAUGGUCAGGUGAAGACAGUAAAAACUGUGGAACAGAUGGACCUUUUUGGAGACAUGUCCACACCCCCAGAUAUCAACUCUCCCACGGAUGCUUGGACAAAUCACACAGGGCUGGACAAUGUUUUUUUGCUGGAGCUUGCUUCUGUGAUUGACGCCAAUCAGAACCACCUUAAAGGCAAUCCUUUCAUCUCCUAUCCAACAGUUCCUUGCAACACACCCAGUGAUGCCCCUGUUGCUUCCUCGUUAGAUAUAUUCUUCAAUCCUAGUCCAGUCCCAUUCAAUAAUGAUCCCUUUGCUCCACUUAGUGGCCAGUUUGACUCCAUUUCUACUGAUUCACCGUUGUCAUCCAAUUGUGUAUCAGUUCUUGCUGACUGCCUCUUGAAAGGACCAGUUGGGCAAAACAGCCUGAGUGGUGACUCUGCAUCCAGCAGUCACUUUUUUAAUGGACUGUUUGAUAGCCAGUACCCACAGAAAGGCAUCAAUCAACCACUUGAGUUUCCUUUAAGGGAGCUGAAUGGUGGAACAAAUCAGACCCCUCCUUUUUCCGACAUACUUAAUCAAACAAGCCUUCAUCCGCCCCAAACCCCUUCUUCACUGAGUAAUGGUCUCAGCAACUCUUUGCUUCCUAUGUUUCAAUCUCCACCCCUAUGUAAAAGUGAAACUGUGCCACCUAUUGUGCAAAAUGGAGGGGUGAUAGCCCUUUGUCCCCCACCACCAAGCUCUAAGUGUGGCCGUGUACAGAGGAGACAGAAGUCUCCUGGAAAUGAAAUGUUUGGGGCCAAUAUAUUUGCAUCGCCAGCUCAGGGUGAGGGUCCAUACACUGCUCAGUCCAGCUCCUCUAUUCCAGCAGAUUUGUUCAACCCUACAACCACCAACUCCACAGCUGCUCUUGCAUCAAUGUCAUUGGGACCACCAUCUGUUCCUCAAGCUCCUACAGCAGGUCCAUGGGGCCAACCAGCCCUGUCACUGUUUCCUCCCCAAGUCUCUGGCCCCCAAGUACCGGUCCAAGGUGCACCACUAAAUUCUCUUAACCAGCCCUGUGCGUUUGGGGGAACACCAGUACCUCAGUGGGGACAACAGAUGCCCUCUUCUUUUGGCACUCCAGCUGCCCCUCAAGCUUGGGGCCAACCAGCAACCACAGCAGCCAUGACUGCCUGGCCCCAAUCUGGCACUGUGUCCAACCCCUUUCAGCCUAGUGCAUUUCCUCCCAUGAUGGCUCCUCCUGGAAGAAUAACAGGGCAGCCAUCUUCAGGUGCCCCUCCUCUGCCUCGUCGGCCGCCCCCUGCAAAAGAAGAGGUACCUGUUGUUAAAAAUGCUUUUACGGCUUUGGACCCCCUCGGUGGGAAGGAACAAAAAACCGGGAAGGAUAUGUUCAAAAAUUUCCAGAUGGCAAAACCUGGAAGUGCCCCCCCGUCAGGCCAAAACACCAAUGGCACUUUUGAACAGUACUUUUCCAACAAAGUUGGUGUAGCCCAGGAAGCAGCUGACCAUGAUGACUUUGACAUCAGCCAGCUCUCUGCGAAACCCAUUGAGCUUCCUAAACCUGCAGUUCAGCAGGCCUCUACAAUUACUGCCCCAGCUCUGGCUCCAAGCUUGACCCCUUCCUCAGCAGGAGAGCUCCUAGAUGCUGCUUUCACUCCUAAUCCAGCUUCAAUCCCAUCAGGCCCAGAUCCUUUACCAGCUGCCAGUCUUUUUGAUGACACUUUUGGAAGCAGCUUUUUAGCACCACCUGCAACUACAAGUGGUCCAGCUACACAGACCAAUGCUGAUACUUUUGUAGACCCUUUUGGAGGAAAUCCUUUUGCCUAAGCUUUUUCAAAUCCUGCAUUGUUGAGUUUCUUCUUUUAUACAGAAAGUGGGGAAACCAUCUGGAGUGUUGCACAGUGUAAACUCCUUCCUUUAGUCUGCACUCCACUGUCCACACUGUCUUGCAUGUUUCUCCUGUUUGUUUUUUGUAUCUGAUCUCAGGUUGGUUUAUCCCUUACUAAAUUGACUGGCUCCAUUUCCCAGUGUUACAAUCACUUGAAGAAAAUACAAAUUGAAUGUGGGCUCUGAGUAUUACUUUGGGGUGAUGAGAGAAGGAGUGAGGUAAAAUGGCAUAGGUCUACUGUGUUGAGGGUUUUCAAAUAUUUUCUGGACAAUGCGAGGUGUGAUAUUUGUCUGGAAUUAAAGAAAGCAUGAAAUGA